CGCCUUCCACUCCGCCCCUGGCGGAGGAAGUGAGAUCAGAGGCCCCAUGUGAGCGGAUUGCAACACAUGCAGCUGCCUGGAGAGAGGGAGCCGGUGUCCUACGUCAGAGCCGCCGCCGCCGCGGAGCCGCCGCCGGGGAGGAGCAGCCGCUGCCGCCCAGGACUGGGCCCUUAGGGAGGAGGAGGCGAGAAGAUGGCGGACGACCCCAGUGCUGCCGAUAGGAACGUGGAGAUCUGGAAGAUCAAGAAGCUCAUUAAGAGCUUGGAGGCGGCCCGCGGGUGAGCGCUGCGUCCGGCACCCCCGUGCCCUCUUGGAUCCCGGACCCCUCAGGAUGGCCGCCCCCGCGCCGCAUGGCCGGAUGAGGAGAACCCGGCACUAGCCAACUCCCGCCUUCUGGACCUCUGGCAAUGGCACGAGCAUGAUAUCGCUGAUCAUUCCUCCCAAAGACCAGAUUUCACGAGUGGCAAAAAUGUUAGCAGACGAGUUUGGAACUGCAUCUAACAUUAAGUCACGAGUAAACCGCCUUUCAGUCCUCGGAGCCAUCACAUCUGUACAACAGAGACUCAAACUUUAUAACAAAGUACCUCCAAAUGGUCUGGUUGUUUACUGUGGAACAAUUGUAACAGAAGAAGGAAAGGAAAAGAAAGUUAACAUUGACUUUGAACCUUUCAAACCAAUUAAUACAUCAUUGUAUUUGUGCGACAAUAAGUUUCAUACAGAGGCUCUUACAGCGUUACUUUCAGAUGACAGCAAGUUUGGUUUUAUUGUAAUAGACGGAAGUGGUGCUCUUUUUGGCACGCUCCAAGGAAACACCAGAGAAGUCCUGCACAAAUUCACUGUGGAUCUCCCAAAGAAACACGGCAGAGGAGGUCAAUCAGCCUUGCGUUUUGCCCGUUUAAGAAUGGAAAAGAGACAUAACUAUGUUCGGAAAGUAGCCGAGACUGCUGUGCAGCUGUUUAUUUCUGGAGACAAAGUGAAUGUGGCUGGUUUGGUUUUAGCUGGAUCAGCUGACUUUAAAACUGAACUAAGUCAAUCUGACAUGUUUGACCAGAGGUUGCAAUCUAAAGUUUUAAAAUUAGUUGAUAUAUCCUAUGGUGGUGAAAAUGGAUUCAACCAAGCUAUUGAAUUAUCUACUGAAGUUCUCUCCAACGUGAAGUUCAUUCAAGAGAAGAAAUUAAUAGGACGAUAUUUUGAUGAAAUUAGCCAGGACACAGGCAAGUACUGUUUUGGAGUUGAAGAUACACUAAAGGCUUUGGAAAUGGGAGCUGUAGAAAUUCUAAUAGUCUAUGAAAAUCUGGAUAUAAUGAGAUACGUUCUUCAUUGCCAAGGCACAGAAGAGGAGAAAAUUCUCUAUUUAACUCCAGAACAAGAGAAGGAUAAAUCUCACUUCACAGACAAAGAGACUGGACAGGAACACGAACUGAUAGAAAGCAUGCCUCUCUUGGAAUGGUUUGCUAACAACUAUAAAAAAUUUGGAGCUACACUAGAAAUUGUCACAGAUAAGUCACAAGAAGGAUCACAGUUUGUGAAAGGAUUUGGUGGAAUUGGAGGUAUCUUGCGGUACCGAGUAGAUUUCCAGGGAAUGGAGUACCAAGGAGGAGAUGAUGAAUUUUUUGACCUUGAUGACUACUAGGUAGUCGACAUGGGUCCGGCAACCGUGCCUCACCCUCCAGCAUUCAACCCAAGGAGCAUACCCGUGGUGGAGUCCAACAGAUCCCUGCCUUACAAUUGGAGCAUUUCCAGAACUUAAUCCGUGAGCAUUGGAUACUGAAAAGAAAAGUGAAACAAAACCAGACCCAACCCUACACUUUGGUUUGUCGUGGUGUCAGCGCAGCAGCCGACAACUAAGUCUCUAAAGGCCACUGUGGACUCAUUUAAAAAGAAUCCCAGUUUUUACUUUUACUUGAUGGUAAAAUUGGUUGCUCUUGUAUUUUAUGAAAAAAUGAUUUUUUUAACCUUCAUACAUAGAAGCAAAAUACUUUAACUGCUGUAAACCUUCAAAAGUUAGUAGACGUGAGGUCAUACUGGUUUGUUUCUUCCUUUGAUCGGAGAAUAACUAAAUUGCUGCAUUUCGCAGUGACCCAUUUACAUGGCAUUCUCGGCUUAGACUGCACAAGAAGAAAUAUAUGUGAAAUAUUGGAACUGUUUCUCUCUUGGUCUCUGUUUAAUGUUGAAAGGGUGAGCUGACAGGAGGCAGUUUGAGCUUCACUCCCUCACACUCCCCACUCCCAGACUGUCCCUUUCAAAGGUGCAGGUUGCGUUGUAAAGUCAGACUGAGUGCCAACACACUGGGGCCAGGGCACUCUGGGCAGUCACCAGUGUGGAGGCACAGUUGUGCCUGGCAUUUGGGAGCCCUCUGUGCCAUUAGCGUUACUGAGGCUCCCUGUCAUCUCAGCCUACUAGAAACCAGUCUGGGAUGGACAUGAUGGGCUUCUGUGCUAUUGCUGGGAUUGGGAGAAAUAAAACAUGCAACUUAAGUGGAACCAAAAAAAAAUUCAAAGAUGAUUUUGCUUGGAUCUAUUCUUGGUAAGGGGAGGCGGUGGUGUUUCCUUGUGUUGGAUGGCAUGAGAUUAUGUGAAUGUUUUGAUUUUAUUUUUUUGUUUUCAAAUGAACUGCAAGAUUUUUUUCACGGGAACGACAGACACGACACGUAUGACCGUGCAUGUAUCUCAAACCCCUGGUGGGGCUGGAGCAUCUAUUUCAAAAAGUGGGAUCUACAAGCACCUCUCAGAUGAGAAAGUAUGGAGGCGGGUGGGGAGGGUAGGGGUGGGGUGGGUAGGACACGGCUGCUGGCACCAUGGACUAUAUAAACCAUGUUAGAGCCGGAAGUUGGCCUGAAAACCUGAGGCUUAGGCUUCAUAGCUGGGCUGUAAAUUGGAUUUAAACCCAGUUGGAGUGCAAAGUCAUGGUGUGCUCAAGGUGGUGACAGUGAACAGAGUAUGGGGUGCCCGGUGGUAGCGGUGGGAAAACUAUACCGAGUAGACUUUGAAGGACCGAAGGUUUUUUAAGUCAACUGGUAUCACCCACACUCACCAGGGUGGUAGGGUGCAUUGGGUUUCAAAUUGGGUACUUUUAACACUUUAGUGCCUGACUGCUGUUCUUCACUGACUUGACUCAGUCACUUGUAGCUUUAUUGGUCUGAACCAGCUCCUUGUUCCCAGGUUACAGACCUGCCUAUCUAUCGUUCCAAUAAUCCUGUUUCACUUGAAUGAAGGGAGUCUGUCUUCAAUGUAAAGCUUCUGCUUCUCACACUGUACCCUGAGGUCCAAAUGACUGUCUGUCCUGUAACCUGAUGUCUCAACCCAGUGAGAAGAGUCAGUUCCUUAGUGUUCACCAACACGGGAGGCUUCACCGGAACAGGCUUUUGCUUUGGGCUCUGCUGUUUGUUUGCAGAACACCCAAGAGCGAGCGAACACACCCUUCCCAGCAGUACCUUAGGGUUUUGCCAUUGUAAAUGGGUCUAAUGUGAUAUGACAAGACCAGAGAAAUUGGAUGUAAAUUUACAUUUUUGAAUAUGCUUGUUGUUUCACAUGAUACAUUUAGGGUAUGCAGCUCCUUUUGUAGUUUUUAUUUUUACUAUUUAAGUUUGGAAAUGAUGCCAAAUUUUUGUAUUUCUUUAAUCAAUGUGUUCUCCUUGGUGAUAUAUAUUGCAUUAUAUAUUGAUGUGUGUAUCAAUAUAUACCGAUAUGUGUUACACUUACGCAUACAAACACACAUAAGUGAGGGGUGAAACCGUAGCCUGCACUCCCUAGCCUCUGCAGAGAGACCCUAAGAGCAGAAUCUCGGUGUUGUGAUGUACAGAAAUGGAGAAGAGUAUUAAACCAUAUUUAAGAAUA